UUCUCUUACCCUCGCAGAGUCCUGCUCCGCUACACCGAGUUCGACGGAGUGACCGAGAGCAAGGGCCCAAAGGACUACGUCGGCAUCAAUGACAAUGACGACGAUGACGAUGCUGAAUAUUCAAAGGACUGGGACGGGCCCGGUCCCUCAGGAGGAGCAGGGCCGUCAGGUAGCGGCGGAGCAGGAGGCAGCGGUGGAGCUGGCGCUGGUCGUAGCGGCCGAGGCGGAGGGCGAGGGUCGAACAGUGGACCCUCAGGCAGUGGUCCGUCCUACAGCGGUGGUGCUAGCUCGAGCUCUCAUGGUGCCGGAGGUGGCAGCAUGAAGCGCAAAGGCGGUGCUCGUGAUGCCGAUGACAUCGAUGGCAUUGGGGAAGACAGCGGCGUAUCCACCGCCGAUGACAAGGCUGCUGUCUUCACCUCCAUAAACAAGCUUCAACAGGAUGCAGCUCGUCCGGCGAUGCUGCGAGCUCACCAUCGCGCUUCACUGCCGGAUAGCCUUGAUCACACCAGCCUUCUCAGCCAACCGAUCCACCACCAUCAGCAUCAGAAUCAUCCGUCAAGCGCCUACGUCCCUGUCGGCGGGCAAAAUGGCAGCCAUCAAGCAUCACCUUUCUUGCCCAACUUGCCGCCCUCAAUGUCGAUGCCGCCCGGAAAUGCGCCUGGCAGCGGAAGCGCAAACCUGUCUUCACAUGCAAACGUUGGCUCAUCCUGGCCUGGCGCUGGGCACGGCCGACGCAACAGCCUUUCGACGCCGCCCGACCACAUGCUCCCCUCCAUGCCGAGGCCCAUGACAGCCGAUGCGCACCCGCACGCGCACGCGCCAUUCCACGCUCUCCCUCAUCAUCAUCAGCAGCACCAAAUCUACGCCUCGCACACGCCUUCGGGAGCUUCACAAAGCAUGUCGCCCUUCCCGCCCAAUGGCGCUAUUUACGGCGGCAGCGGCGGCAAUCUACCCGGUGCAUCCUUCUCGCGCUCCUCCUCUUCAUCGUCUUUCGCCAUGCCUCCUUAUCCACAGCAAAACCACCUCACUCACCCAUCGCACGUCCUCUCCAUCAUACCGCCCACCUCCAACCACUCAGCCUCAGCGCCCGUAUCUUCCGUCUCUUCGGGCGGUACAACCUUGUCCUCCCGACCAGGGACGGACGACCGUACGGCGUCUAGCAGCACGGCGGGUGAUACGCCGUUGUUGGCAUCGAGUUUGAGCUCCAAUCCGACGCCCAACGGGAGUAGUGGAGGGGAGUCGUCCCUUGGAGACUUGUUGGCUACGGGAUUCCUGCCGGGGGGAGCGGACUUCCACGCAAGCGCUACGAGUGUGGGAGGAGGAGCAAUGGCAGGCUUGCCGACUGCAAAUGGCUUUGCGCCACCCAUGGGAGGCCCAAACCCCUCUUCACUCAAAACGAUGCCCGCAGCCGCUACCGCCAACACCAGCGGCUUUAUCGGCGGCGCUGUCGCCCCCACCAUGCCUGGUAUACUUGGAUUUGGUGGUCAAGCAGCAUACCAAACGCAGGAUGAGCGCCACCGCUUCGAUCUGCAGUACCCCUCUGCGACGACGCAGCAACAAAAGGGGCUGCAGAUGCCCGCUACCGCGCAGAGCUUCUUGCCGGCGCCCACGGCGGCUGUUCGUGAGGGUGGUGGUAAGAGUGAGAGUGGCGGUGCGGGCACCACGUUUGCGUAGGGGAGGAUCGUGCGCACUGAAAUGAAUCUGGACAGAAGGGCUACAAGAAGAAGACUCUGAGUGCCGCGCCUUGUAUUUGUAAAUACCGUUCUCGACCAAGUGCGCGUGCGCCGCCAGCCGGACACCUGCCGUGUCGUCAAAGCUUUCCUCGCCGCCCGGAGCGUGCUGAGGCUGGCAGCACCGAAAUCCACAAUGCUAUAGCUUUAACGAA